AUGAUGAUGAUGAAUGAGAUGGUCGAGUUUAUAGUUGGAGAGAAUAAAUAUCGUAGAGAAGACAAUAGAUUCCAUUCCAAAAGAGACUCUCUAUCGAUUGUGUUCGAUGAACAACCAAACAAACACGAAGCAAUCGAUUGCUGUCUUGCUCGGGCGUUGGAAAACAAAGAAAGAAAUCAUCAAAAGAGACAAAGACGUGAAGGGCGUAGUCGUAGUAGUAUAGUAGAAGUAGUAGAAAAUAGAAUCAUGGGUCACGAUCACGGAUUUGAAGAAGAGGAAGAAGGAGGAUCAUUCUAUGUUCAUUUAAUAGGUGGUGCUGUUGCAGGUGUUGCAGAACAUGUUGGAAUGUACCCAAUCGAUACAGUCAAAACACAUAUACAAUCAGCAGUUAGACCAGGAGUAGCAGUAUUAUCAGGCUUUCAAACAACAAAGGAGAUUGUUACAAGGUCAGGUGUUGGAGGUUUAUUCAGAGGUGUCACUGCCGUCGCUGCCGGUGCCGCUCCAUCUCAUGCCCUCCAUUUUGCCAUAUACGAACAUUUAAAAGAAAAAAUAUGCAAGGGAGACAAGGAACACCAUCAUCCACUCAAAACUGGUGCUGCUGGUGCUUUUGCAACCAUGAUAAGUGAAGCAGUUGCAUCACCAAUGGACGCAGUAAAACAAAGAAUGCAAUUACAAGUGACAACAUACAAUGGAUUAAAAGAUUGCAUGAGAAAGAUGUGGGUUAGAGAGGGAUUAAAAUCAUUUUAUGCGGGAUAUACGACGUCGUUGGUGAUGAACGUGCCAUACUAUGGAACGUAUUUUGCAUCGUACGAAUCAUUAAAAAAGGUCAUCGAACCAUUUCACAGCAAGGAUAGAAACCCAUUGCUUUUGCAUUUAGUGGCUGGUGGAGGAGCCGGUGUGGUCGCCGCUGCCGUCACCAACCCAUUCGACGUUGCCAAAACACGUCUACAGACAGCCGGCGAUGUCGGCAAGCACUACAAUGGCCUCAUCGAUGCCAUGCGAACCAUCUGGCGCGAGGAAGGUCCCAAGGGCUACCUGUGUGGCAUUCGUCCGCAUAGACAGGCAUAA